AUGUCCAGCGACGCAUCCAGCUCAUUCAACCUCACGGACAGCCGCGCGUAUCGCAACAACAAUCUCAAAAGAGCUGGCAUCUUCAUCGACGCUCUGAGUCGAAGCGAAUGGCCUCCAUCGGUCGCUCGACUUGCCAAUUUUCUCAGGGCUAACAACUUUGUUGGGACGCUUUCGGCCGUAGAGGUACGCGCGCGCCGAAGGGAGACACGAGCAUAAACUGCAGCGAGUGCUGAAUCGAAGCUGGAUCGUCUGCAUUGCUUGGUUUGCCGUCGCAGAAGGAGCAACUGGAGGGCACGCUGAGUCUGAUGUCAUAUGUUCCCGUGCACGCUGUGCGAGAUGAGACAGUGGCCAGUCCACUUGGAUGCGAGAAAGCAUUGUUGCGGGCGCGUACCAUCCGCACUGGCCGGGUCAAGUCUUGCUAUGGCAAGUCCAAGGCUGAAUGGAGAAACUUGGAGCUGGAGGUGAUGGCGAAUCUGCAUGCGCAUCCUCAGCUCGGCACCUCGUGAGUGUGGCAUGUUCGAGCACUGGCAACGGGUCAGCGGCCAAAAGGCGCCCACCAACCGCUUCACGUUGGUUGCACAACCUCUUCUCAGACGCGCAGAGGUAUGGGACGAGCCGGUCGGCAUUCUAUCGGGCGAAGGCGACCCGAUUUCGACUCCAAAGCCAGAUGUUGCGUUUGGGCUGUUGCCAGAACUUGACAGUGCUUCAUCGCUCGGAGAAGAGUUUCUUGUAGCCGCAAGGCUACAAUUGGGUCUACAUCCAUGGCCAUCCGACUCGCUCCGAGAAGUGGCGUAUCCUUGUCUCUUGCACGAGUACGUGACCGACUUGGAGGUGCUCUACUUUGCUCAAAAUCGAGCAGCGGGAACGGCUGCCAUGGCGCUCAAGAUGUUGCGGGACUUGCGGAAUCUUCGUGAGAAGCGCGCUCACGCACCUGCUGGUCAACAGGGAGAGCCUCUACCCAUUCUGGUGUUUUGCAAUCAAGGCGAUCUAUGGGAGGUGAUGAUAGCCUUCGAUUACGAAAUCAAUCGUCAUUUUCGCAAGACUGAUGUGGUGCGUGACGCUGCGCUCUGUUGUGGUGUGGAUGGGCCCUGACAUCCCGAAACCAUGGACGCGCCUCUCAGCAUUUGGCGCAAAUCUGGAUGGGCAAGAUUUCCAAUCCGUGGCACAUGUUUCAACUUCAAGUCAUCAUCCAGCGAGCCAUCCACUGGAUCACGACAGUCUUUCGUAACGGCGUAUGCGAGAUGCUUGACGACAUCAAAAAGGCAAACUUGAUUCGCUUUGCGUCAUUUGUAGGAAUUGAGCCGCCCGUCGAGGCUUGCAAGAUGACAGGGCACUAA